AGGAUUUGGACCCUUGGUUGUCACAACACCUUUGAUCAUUGUGAAACAAAUGGAAGACCUGGAUAGCAGGAGCGGGAUAGAGGGACUAGUCAAGGAAGAAUGUGCAGUGAAGGGCUGGUACUAUAAGGAAGAUAAGGAAGUGCUAUGCGCAGACAGAGUGGGCCAAAUGACGAAGACCUACAAUGACAUUGAUGCUGUCACACGUCUGUUGGAGGAGAAAGAGAGAGACCUGGAACUGGCUGCAAAGAUUGGCCAGUCUCUUCUCAAGAAGAACCGAACUCUGACUGAACAGAAUGACUACCUGGAGGAACAAGUGGGGCAAAUCACAGAGGAGGUGGCCCAGCUUCACCAUGAGCUUAACCUGAAGGAUGAGCUGCUGCAGUUUUACACCAAUGCGGCUGAGGAGUGUGAGGACGACUCCACCGGUUCCCCCACGGGUAAAAAGAGUAAAGCAGAACCAGCUUCAGGAGUCUUUCUUAGUGACACACUUCAGAGGAAACUCAAAGAGCUGGAAGAGGAAAACCUGUCACUCCGCUCAGAGGCCAGCCAUCUGAAGUCAGAGACGGAAACGUAUGAAGAAAAGGAGCAGCAGCUUGUCAGUGACUGUGUUAAAGAACUACGGCUGUCCAGUCUACAGAUCGCUACCAUCGCUGAGGAGCUGGCUCGGAAAACCGAGGAUGCUUCCCGUCAGCAGGAGGAGAUCACACACCUCCUCUCUCAGAUAGUAGAUCUGCAGAAGAAGGCUAAAUCUCUGGCAGUUGAAAAUGAGGAGCUAUCUCAGCACCUAAUAGCAGCAAAGGAUGCCCAGAGGCAGCUUACAGCAGAGCUGCAGGAGUUGGAGGAGAAAUACUCAGAGUGUAUUGAGAUGCUGCAUGAAGCUCAGGAGGAGCUGAAGAACCUGAGGAACAGAAGCUACCCUGCUGGAACUCCCCGACGCUUUCACCCGCUGGGACUCUAUCCAAUGGAUUCUCUGGCAGCGGAGAUUGAGGGAACAAUGAGGAAGGAGUUGAGUCUGGAUGAUCCUGAGAGUGAAGAACAGAAGAUCCACCGGAAGCGAGUGUUUCAGACGGUGAAGAGCGUAAACCAAACGGUCCGUCAGCACUCUCUGACUCCAACCAACUCCAACAUCCCAGGUUCCAACCAGUCGCUGUCGACUCGGACUUCCCCCCAGUCCAGCGGUCUCUCCACACCUUACUCCACCAUGUUUGCCGGCGACAUCAGUGGAGACAGUGUUGCCUUUGACAACCGGACACAGAGCAUCCUCAUGGAGACGGCAUCCAAUCAGGACAGCAGUUUAGAAUGCAAAGAGAAAAAGGUGAGCGGGGCUGAGGACCUGCGGCUGGCCCUGCGCCGCCUGUCUCUGCGCCGACAAAACAACCUGAGUGAAAGACGCUUCUUUGAAGAGGAGAGAGAGCGUCGGCGCGGGGGAGUAAAUGGCGCCCUUGACCACGAGAACGUGUUGAGCCAUUCGGACAGCAUCAUGUCGCUCGGAAACCUCCACCUGUGGGCCUCCCGGGGGCCUUACCUCCCAGACAAGCUCCAGAUCGUCAAGCCGCUUGAAGGCUCGGCCAUUUUGCACCAGUGGCAGCAGCUAGCGCAGCCUCACCUCGGUGUGAUCCUGGAUGCCAGGCCAGGGGUCGUGCCAAAGGGCUACAGGCCCCUUGAGCUGGAGCUGGAACAGGUGUACCCAUGGGGCGGUUUUGAGGAGGAUGAUCCAGGAGAGCAAUACUUCCAGAAUCUGCCCACCUCCUCAACCACUGCUUCACCAGCUGUGCCCCCCAUGUCCAGCACGGGGGAUGCCAACCUCAGGCAACCUCUAGGCAGCCUCGGCCCUCCCUCUCCGCCUUCUCCAUCUCCUUCACUACAUCUUAGCAACAAUGAUGGACUGGCGGCAAACUAUCCAGGAAAAUGCAUGGCCCACACCAGCUCUACUUACACCUUUACAACAUGUCGGAUCCUCCAUCCAACAGAUGAGCAGACGCGGGUCACACCAAGUUUAAACCCCAUCCCUGCAUCCUCCUCCUGUGUAAUGACCAGCUGUCUGAGGGGUACUCCUGCUGCUACUCCCUGCACUCCUCGCAGGCUCAGUCUCAGGCCCUCUGAAUCAUCGACCAACCUCAGAGAUGGAACACGCACCACCAGCACUUCCCUGGGGUUAGUGCGCCUCCUCCAGGAGAGAGGGAUCUCAGCAGCCAUGUAUCACCAGAGCCAGGGCCUUGAGUACAGUCAAGGUACCGGAGGAGUUCUGUUCAGCACUUCAAUUGCUCCAAACAGAGCAUCCAACGCAGAACCCCUGCGCCCCGCGACCCCUCCAAAUUCCCCAACAAGGCCAGGUACCUCAGCUGCCCCAACCUCUGAGGGCUUUGACUUCAAGAGCCCGUCAUAUGACAACUUUCUGGCCUCCAAACCGGCACACUCCAUCCUGAAGGAAGUAACGGGGAUAAGAGGCAGGCAAAGAGCGAGGGACUGUGAAAGCCAAACGGACGUCAGCGUGGCUGUCCACAACCUAAAUCUGCUGGACAAGGUUAAGCGGCUAGGUGUGGCUGGAGGCAGGGCAGCAAGUCCAAGUCCCCUCCUGGGACCUCUGGGGGGUCUCCGCAGGUCUGGGUCCCCUUUUGGACCGGAUGGAAUGAGAAGGAACAGGAGUUAUCCAGCCAUGGUUGGAGCCAGCAUGGCCAUGAAAGCACCUGGGCCCCAGGAGUAGUCUGGACUGCUGCUGGCUGUAAGGGUAGAAACAGGAACGACUGCUGAGCGGUCACCUAUGGGUAUUAUCCACCAACAACGUUGCACUCUCUACUGCAGUUCUACUUGAAUUUUAUCUGCACUGUAAUACUAAUUUAACAGGUGGCUGAUCCUUGAAUAAAAAAAAAAAACUUAAAUAGGUAGAAGUAUAUAGACCCACAUAUAUAAUACCUACAUUUCAGCCAUGCAAUGAAUAAGCAGUUGUCCUUUUAUGCCCCUGGAUUUCAAAAAUGUCUCUCAAUGGAACUGUAUGAUAUCAGGGAGCUGAACAAUCACAUUUCAAAGGUUAUGAUUCUAUUCAAGGAAUCACCAGGAACCUUUUAUUACUAGUUUUUCUAUAUAGUAUUUGGCUUAAAGGGAUAGUUCAGAUUUUUGAUGUGGGGGUUCUGGUCAGAGGUUAUGACCAAUAAAGCAGUUGUGUAGUUAAUCUCCAGCAGGUCAGCUCUGUUUCUAAGCACACCACAUUCCGUGCAUCCUUACUCAGCUUCUUCAGCUGGGUGCCUCUUCAGCAGUCAUCCAUGUGGUUUCUCCAUUAUAGCAAGCUUUCCUGUAUCUUCCAUACAUCAUCAAGGUUUUCCUAAUCUCUAUCAAAAACCCCUAUAACAGUUUCCCUGGAGCAAGAGAGGCCACUAACAUGUGCCUGGGUUUCCUUGACCAUGAUUACUUUCUUAGUGUCUUCCCUUAGAUGAAACAAAGAUUAGCUUAUAAGAGCUAUAUCGAGAGCAAUAGAUUUCCGACAUCUUAAAACAUCUUAAGCCAAGACAUGUCUUUGGCUUUUGAUCAGAUAUCAGAUGUUUGGUUUUUUUUCUAAUGCCCUGUGUUUUCUGCCUUACAGAUUUCUUCUGUUUUUGUUUUUUGUCACGUUUAAAUGUUUUAAAUCAUCAAACAAAUGUUAAUGUCAGACAAAGAUGACCUGAUUAAACACACAAUGCAGUUUUCAACUUGGCCCUUGAUGAAGUAGUAAUUGUCCCCUAAACCCAAUAACUGGUUGUGCCACCCUUGGAGCCACAAACUGCCAUCAAAUGUUUGCAAUAGCUGACACUGAGUCUUCCACAUUGCUGUUUUUUGGCCCACUCUUCUUUGCAUUAUGUUUGAACAUCUUGGCUUGUUUAAGCAUUUCAAUCAGAUUUAGGCUGGUCUUUGACUAGGCCACUUCAGAAUCCUUCAUUCCCCUUUGAUUUGUUUGGGCGGUUCAGAGGGGCACUUGCUGCUUUGGACUGUUGUCCUCUGCAUAACCCAAAUGAGCUUAAAUUUAAGGUAAUGAACUGACUGUUGGACAUUCUCCUAAUUUGUUACAUUUAUAUCUGGUUUGGAUAAUAACUGAAAUCACCAGUUAAAACAGCUUUUUUGUAUUUAAUUACGGAAUCUUUAUCUUAUGUAAAAUUUGUUUGAUAUUAAAAAUUUAAGUCUGUCAGAAAAGGGAAAGAACAAGAAAUCUGCAAGGGGGAAAUAACCAGUUUUCACUGUACAAUGACAGACUAUGGUAGUCUAAAUUCCAUCACAAUGACAUGUUGAGUUAAUCUAGCCAGGUUAACUUGUUCAAUGCAAAGUUAAUGUGGUGUCAAAACAAAACUUCUGUACAUAAUAGAUUCUGUGUCCCUGAUUUUUACCCUAUUGUACUUGUCAGUCAGUUAGUUUCUUUGGUUGGAUGUAUUAAACAGGUUCUGGUUUGUUUGUGUUUAACAUGUGAAGUUUAUGUUACUCACUAUGGAUCAACUGGGUCUUCUGAAUACAUAAUUAUAGACUUCUCUGUUAAUAGCCUAUGCUAAGAUAAGUUAUUUUCUGUAGGUAAGAGACUGACCGGUCAAAACCUCUUCACAGAAUCCCACCUUCAAAAAAAGUUAUCCAUUCUAUAUUUAUGCCAAAAGCUUAUAAAAUAUUACAAUCAUUAUUAUUAUGAGUACUGUAGCUUAAUACUACUGACAUAUCUUUAGUUUACAUAGAUUUGCAGCUGCAGAUUCUCAGCUCCACUGUGAGGCCUCACCACCGGCCUAGCGCCUUGAAGACCCCACCAAUCCGAUGUUCAGCUUAUAAUUUACUUUUAAUUGCAUUUUAUGUUUAUGGUUAGGGUUAGGGGCUCUGAAGGGAAAGCAACUAUUUCUAUACAUAUAUAAACUGGAAAAGGCCUGGGAGUGUCACUGCUAGCACGUUAGCAUGCUAAUUUUAGGAUGUAGCUCACAGGGCUAAAUGCUAAAUGCUUACAGAACUACUAAAAAAGAGAUUUUUUUUUAAUGUAACUUUAGUUUAUAUAACAAGGUCAACCAACCCACUAGAGCAAAAUUAUAGACACAUCCACUAACAGUCCUGCUUCGGAGGCUGAGUCUGCUGGCUAGAUGUAGUAAGCCCACUCUCAAAUCCACAAAAUCCCACACUCAUCCAGACAAGUGCACUCCAACUGUUUGGCUUUCUCUAGUUACUGUAGCACUACAUUAUGCACUUUCUUCUUCUGUACCACCGGACAGAGAUGCUGAUUUUUAUUUUAAAGAAAUGUGAAAACUUAAUAAAAUGUGUUGCCUGUAUCCAAACAAAGUUAUUGCACUACUUGAAAUGAGCGGGUGCAAGUCUGCCAAGGCAUUUGCAAAUAUAUUGGAUCAAUAUCAUGGCAUUUUAAACAAUGGUUUUUCUUUGUUUAAUUGGCCAUUAGACAGGAAAUUUGAUGGAGCUUCCACUGAACUGGAGGGAUGGAUGCACUGAAGCCACAACUCACAAAGAGGGCAGAGAGAAAGAGAUGGAUUAAGUGAUUGUGGCGGGUUCAUAUGGAUGGAAGCUUUAGGGCAUUUACCAGAAGGUCUCUGUUAAUACAAAGGAAGCAUUUGAA